CUGGAGGCAGGGGCCGGGGGCCAUGACUGCAGCAGCCUUGGGGACAAGGACAGCAGCACGGCCAGCGAGUGCUUCGUCACCGCGGUGGAGGCGCUGGAGCCCAGCGAGUCUGGGGGGUGCCAGGGUGAAGCAGGACCCCAGGAGCUGCCUCCCCAGAGCCCCCCAGCCGUGGGGGAGCUCCCUGCGCUGCUCCAGGGCUGCACCCUCGGGGGCUCCCCCCCUGGCACCCCAAGGACCCCUCGCAGCCCAGCCGGCCUCGCUGCAGGGGGUGCCACCUUGCAGCCCCCCCAGUUCUGCCACAUCACCCCCCGCACCAAGAGCCGCCUCCAGGCAUCAGCGGAGCGCCUCGGUGCCUCCUCUUCCUCUUCCUCCCUCUUUGACGCCACCCUGGAGAUGCCCCGGAGACCCCGCAGGGUCAGAGCACCCAGGGGUGUCCCUGGGGACACUGCCACCACCCUGGGGCACUGCAUCACCCCUGGGGGUGCGGAUAUGUCCUGCAGGGAUGGAGAAGGCACGGCUUCCCUGGAUGACACCCAGAUCCUCCCCAGGACCCCCAGCCAGCACAGGUCCCCCCUGGGGGACAGCAGCUCCAGCCCCACGGUGCUGCUGGGUCCUGGGGACCACAGACCCCCCCAGGACUCCCCGUCAGCUCCUCAGGGCUCCCCCAGCUCCAGCUCCACGGUGCUGCUGGGUCCUGGGGACCACAGACCCCCCCUGGUGUCCCCGUCAGCUCCUCAGGGCUCCCCCCACGCCACCAACCCCAGGGUGCUGGAGCCGGGGAGCCCACUCGUGCUGCCCUCACCCACCGUCUGCGUCACCCAUCGCACCGAGGGAUUGGAGCGAGAGGGACGGGCGCCCAGCGAGCGGCACAGCCCCGGCGCAGAAGCCACCAGCCCCGGGGACACCGCGGUCCCCAAGGGGCGAGCACGCACCCCGCGGGUGCUCUCGGACGAGGCGCUCCGCCGGCGGCUGCGGGUGCUGGGGGAGGACCCCGGACCCAUCACGGAGCUCACCCGGCGCGUGUACCUGCGGCGCCUGGAGAAGCUGAGCCACAGCCCGGAGGGGCACAGCCCCGAGCUGUCGGCCGCGCUGCAGACCGGCCACGUCCCCGACUGCGCCCAGGACGAGCGGGUGCUGGCGCAGCAAUUCGACCGCCCCGACCGGAGCCGGCACUGGCGCGAAGGGCUGCUCAAGGCCAGCUUCAACUACCUCCUCCUCGACCCCAGGGUCACCCAGGACCUGCCGCUGCGCUGCCACCACCUGAGCCCAGCUGAGUGCUUCAGGACCUUCGUCAAAGCCGUCUUCUACGUGGGCAAGGGGACGCGCGCCCGGCCCUACAGCCACCUCUCCGAGGCUCUGAGCCUGUACCGGGCGGGGACGAGGAAGGGCUGCCCCAAGGUGCGGCGCAUCCUGGAGAUCUGGGCGAGCGGGCAGGGCGUCAUCUCCGUGCACUGCUUCCAGAGCAGCGUGCCGGCCGAGGCGUACACGCGGGAGAGCUGCGUGGUGGAGGCCCUGGGGCUGCGGACCAUCACCAACCAGCGGAAGGGGAACUGCUACGGCGCGGCGGCGAGCUGGCCGCCCGAGCGGCGCCGGCGCCUGGGUGUGCACAUGCUGCACAGGGCCAUGCGCAUCUUCCUGGCCGAGGGCGAGCGGCAGCUCCGGCCGGCGGACAUCCAGGCUGGGCGCUGAGCACCCCGGAGGGACACAAGGGGGGGCUGGGGACACCCCUUGCCCGCACCCCCCUGCGCCUCCCGAGGAGGCGAGGGCAGCGUGGCGGCGUGUUUUUAUGUCGCGAGCGAUGGCGAGAGUUUUUCCUAUUUAUUUUAC